AUGACUGACGCCCAGGGUAUCACCGACUGGUAUAACCAGAAUGCCGCUCUCGAACACGAUCGGUUAAAUGCCUGUCGUCUCGAAUACUCGAUUACGACAAGGGUCAUAAAUCAAUACGUGGAACAACUGGAACGGAAUACGCAGAAACCGUUAAGGAUCCUGGACCUCGGAGGAGGCACUGGUCGGUAUGGUAAGUUCCAGGAUAUGUGUGAUUGGGUGACGGUCCCGGUUAAUCAGAAUAUAGCUGUCGACCUUGCACGAAGUGGCCAUUCUGUCACACUAGUUGAUAUAUCCCAAUCAGAACUCGUCAUUGCCGAGUCCUUCGCUACAGAAUCCGGAGUCACACUACAGGCUAUUGUCCAGGCUGAUGCACGAACCAUAGAAGUACAUUCUGAAAAGGAUGAUCCUAGGGCCAUCUUCGCCGCAUCAUCGUAUGACCUCAUCCUUUGCCAGGGUCCAAUGUACCACCUUCUCGAAGAGUCCGAACGUUCCAAAGUUCUUUGUACCUGCACUGCGCUGCUCCGUCCCGGCGGAUUUCUUCUAGCGGCUUUCGUCACUCAAUACGCACAUCUGAGAGAUAUUGCUCAAAGAGACCCCGGUCGUCUUGCGAAGGAGUAUGACAACUUUUACAGAGACUACCUCUUGUCCGGCAAAUAUGCAAGACAGCCGUCUCCUGCUAUGCACCAUACCCAUGCUAGUGGGAUUAAGAAGUUGUUUGAGACGGUCAAUGGGCCCUGUGUCACUCAGUUUGGAGUGGGAAUUUCUUUAGACAGGGUUGUGCCUUGCGAAGGAUUUCUGGGCGGAGGACUGUCCUCGAAGCUGGCAACGCUGUCACCGGAAGCCUACGAACAAUGGGUGGAUGUUGUGAUGCAAUUUGUGGAUGACGAAGCACUGCUAGGAAAUGCGGACCACUUACUAGCAGUUGCCCAAAGGAAAUAG